UUCUGCUAUUACAGUGGUUUUGGGAUUUUUGCAGAAGCUAAACAAAAUGGCUGCAGCUAGGUCUGCGUUUAUGUCUUCCAUCUUCAGAAUCGCUACCGCUCGAAGCUUGAUCUCACCCGAAGCUAGAGUCUCCUCCACAAACACUUUUUCAUCUCUUCUCCAGACUGGAAUCGAAGUUUCCAUUCACAGUCUCAUUGCUUCCACACGCAUCUCUGUUUCUCUGUCUCAAACCGAUGCUUGUUACUCAACGACAGUCCCCACGCGUUCGCUCAGAAGAAGAAUCAGCAAAAGAAACAAUCCAAAACCUGUUCUUGACGAAUCCAAGUUUCAAGAAACGGUUUCAAAACUCCCACCAAGAUUCACACCUGAAGAGCUCGCCGAUGCUAUUACCCUCCAAGAAGACCCGUUAGUGUGUUUCCACCUCUUCAACUGGGCCUCUCAGCAGCCCAGAUUCAAACACGAGAACUGCACCUACCACAUCGCCAUCAGGAAGCUCGGCGCCGCUAAAAUGUACAAAGAAAUGGACGACGUCGUGAACCAGGUGCUCUCCGUUCGCCACGUUGGCAACGAAAACCUCUACAAUUCGAUCUUGUACUAUUUCACGAAAGCUGGGAAGCUGAUACGCGCGGUGAAUAUAUUCAGACACAUGGCGACUAGCAAGAACCUGGAGUGUAGGCCGACGAUCAGAGCGUAUCAUAUCCUCUUCAAGGCCUUGUUGGGUCAAGGCAACAACUCUUACACGAGCCAUAUGUAUAUGGAGACGAUACGGUCUUUGUUCAGACAAAUGGUGGAUAGCGGGAUCGAACCGGACGUGUUCGCUCUCAAUUGUUUGGUUAAAGGCUACGUGCUCUCGCUCCACGUCAACGACGCUCUUAGGAUAUUUCAUCAGAUGGGUGUGGUUUAUAAUUGCCAGCCGAAUUCGUUUACUUAUGAUUAUCUGAUACAUGGGCUGUGUGCUCAGGGGAGGACCAUUAAUGCUAGAGAGCUGCUUGGUGAGAUGAAAGGGAAAGGUUUUGUUCCUAAUGGGAAAUCUUAUAACUCUCUUGUUAGUGCUCUUUCCCUCAGCGGUGAGGUUGAUGAUGCGGUGAAUUGUUUGUGGGAGAUGGUUGAGAGUGGUCGAGUGGUUGAUUUGAUUACGUAUACGACACUUGUUGCUGAGAGCUGCAGGAAAGGGAAGUACGAUGAAGCGAGGAGAUUAUUGGGUACGUUGAGAGAGAAAAAGCUUGUGGACAGAGAUUCUUAUGACAAGCUUAUGAGUGUUCUUCGAAAGGAUUUGUAGAUGUGUUUCUUAUUUGUCGUAAUAUCGAAAAUUUUGGUGAGAUUUACUUACUUGUGCAAGUAAUCAACAAGUAACUCAAAUUUAUAUUACUUAAUUUUUAAAUCUUA